CCCGCAGCACUAAACCCGCUGCGAGCCAGCACUACCUACAGAUUCACGCACCAGGUACAAAGUUCAAGCUUCUCUGCCACUCACCAAGAGGAAAGCGAAGCCAAUCACCGCAAUGGGAGCCGAUGUUCAGCGCGUCACCUCCGCAAGCGUCGAGUCGACGGCCUCAUUGUGUCCGCGGUUGGACCGGGCCUUCUCGUCCUUGUUGGCCCCCACGAUUCCGAUUCCGAUGCCGACGCUGACUACAUGUAAUGCAGAUGCAUUAUCAAGUUCUAUUAGUGACUCAGUGGGUCAAUUUACCUUGUAUGGAUUACUUAAGGGAAACAAGCCAGGUUUUCAGCGAACUCCUUUUAUGCUUCUUUGGUUGAUAGAUUCAAGGAAUGCCUGUAACACUGACGCAAUAAAAGAUGGAGUUUUUGGAGCGAUGAUGAAGGUCAGUUUGGUUAAUGAUGGACCAGUAACAAUGCAGCUUGAUUCACAAUCACCAGAGAAUUCAGUUGAUGCCAUGCCACAGAAUCUUGAUGUAGUGGUUGGCCGGCUUUGAUGGAGAAAGCGCCAUCUGGCAGUGGGACUUUUGAGAAUGAGCUGGUUUUCAUCAAAAUCUUGAUCUAUAUCUUAAGAUGGUUCAAUGACAGGUAUGUCUUUUAACUCAGGGAACAUCUGGUAGAUCUGAGUUUUUAUUUUAUAUGGGUCUUGGCUGUUUGGAGGCAAUGAUGGAAGAGUGGAUGAUGAUGAUGCUUUCUGAUAGGAUUUCAUCCAUAUAGCAUAUCUUCUUUAAAUAGCAAUACUGAAUAGCCACUCUAAAAACUCAUAUUGGACUGAGGGUGAUAGAUCAUCAAGGAUAAUAGGCUAAUGAGGAAUGAGACCGAAAGAUGUACACCUGAGAUUGGGAUCUACUACUGAGGAAUUAUUUAUUUCAUAUAAAAAAUUUUUAAUUCACUUAAAGUUUAAUUUUCAUGUAAUGACUAGUUAGUUAUAGUCUUCUUUAAAUAUGUUUGGUUGGCCACAUAGAGUUUUCCUUUGCUGUCAAGAUGAUAGAUAAUAAAGAAAUAGUAAGCCUUUUGUCCACUUAGUAGCACCUUUCAAUUUUGUUCUGACUCAAUUACUUGUGAUAAUUCUUUAUGCCAUUUGGAUAUUGGUGCGAAUCAGUCAAGAAGCUUCUAAAGGUUUAAUCCUUCAUUGGCAGUGUAUUUUGUAAAUAGAUGCAAGUUUUGAUUAUUGAGAAGUAAUACUUGUUGAAGAAGAAAAUGGGAAGACAUUACUGUGGUCAUGCUAGUGGUGAAUUCAAACCAUCUGAAAAACAGUACCACAUUGCCUAUAAAGUUCUAACUGUGAAACGUGGCAUUGAAAAAUUCAAUUUUAAUCUCAGCCCCUACAUUUUAUAAUAGAAAUGGGCAACACAUCAUUUCCAAAAAUCCUCUAUUAGAAUAGAAACAUUCUUCCUAAAGCUCAACUCCUUUGAUGGGAAGACUGGUUUUUUCAUUAUAAAUUCCCAAUUUGACGCAUCAAAAGAAAUCACAACACCAUUGCUAAUUGUCUCAUCAGACUCCAAAAAAAGAUCAGCCUCAUAACUCUUUGACAAAUUUAGCCUCUUUUUAUCCUUAGCAUCAUGUUUAGCCAACUUGCUUUUCCCCUGGUCAUUUUCCUACCUCAAUCUCUGAAGUCUAAAAGUUAGCUAGAAGAAUUCUUUUCUUUUAGCUCCACCUUCUUAAAAUAACCAAGCUCAGCCACAUCUCGAAUUCCUUGAUAUCCAAAUGCCUUACUUGGCAAUACGUUUCAUUAGAAGCCCUAUACUAUAUGAACUUGUGCUACCUUUGAUCUCUUUCAACCUUUUACAUAUGUGCCUUAGCUCUUCCUCCAUUAGAAAUAUAUCAUUAUGUGACUUAGCUCACCCUCAGUCUAAUAUGAGUUUUUAAAGUGGCUCUCUAGUAUUGUUAUUUAAAAAGGAUAUGCUACAUGGAUGGAAUCUUAUCAUGGAGCAUUGUCAUCUACUUCUCUAUCAUUUCCUCUAGAUAGCUAAGAACAAUAUGAGAUAAAGACUCAGACCUACCAUCUGUUUCUUGAGUUAAAAGACACAUAUGCCAUUGAAUCAUCUUUGGAUAUAAAUCAAGAUUUUGAUGAGAACAAGCUCAUCCUCAAAAUUCCCACUACCGGAUAGCGCCAAAAAGAAGAAAAGAGAUAACUCAACCUGUUAUUAGAUCAGGAAUGCAUCCAUAAGAGCUUGCAAUAAUUUUGGGAAUAUGCUUUACUUUAACCAUGCAUGUCAUGUCUUUUUGUUUUAUAAUAACUUUAUCAAAAGUUACUUUAAUAAUGUUUGCUAUUGUCAGCGUCAACCUUAUCUUUGAAUAAAUUUGUCAAAAGUAGUUUUUACAUUUUGACAAAAUGGUUUGCUUUGUAUCAUGUCUAGCUUUACUUUGGAAAAGAGUGUCUCCGUGUGUCAUCUUAUAAUAUUAGAAUCCGUCUUUCUUCAUCUAUGAAAAGGAGUCUCUACUAUUUUGUAAAACAAAACUCAUUUGGAAAAUAAAAAUUCAUGUUUUUCUUAAAUAUGUCUCUCUAAACUCUCUCUCCUCUCCUAAAAGCUUAAUUAUUUACUAUCUUAUUUCUGUCAUAUUAAGAUUCAAAUAUGCUCUGCACUUACUUAUCUCUGAGGAUCCUAUGCAUCAGAAUGAAUCCAACUAAUGAUCUAUAAGUCUGAGCCCAUGUCACUAUGCUUAGAGAUCUGUGGAUUUACGUGUUAAAAAGUUGAGGAUUGUAAAGUGACCUGAGUUUGCCCCGAAGAGGCGUUAAGGGGGCUUACUUGGAUCAAUAUGUUUUAAGACACGUAGAUUGAGGGGAUCUUUAAGACUAAGCAUACAUGAGUCCCGCCCUUAAUAUCUUUUGCAGGGAGGUUACUUUUAAGGAUCUUUUUCCAAAUAGCGUAUACAGUGAAAAUCUUAUACUAAUUCUUCUUUUAGUAAUAAGAUUUUUCUUUAAAUGGCUUUCCAUACCCAACUUGUAAAUGAUAUAAAAUUAAAUAGUUGAUCUUUGCUGAUAGAAAGUUGUCAUUUUCUAAUAGUUUUAGUUAUUAGUGGAAUCACAUUUGUAAAUACUUAUACUGAACUUGUGAACUAUAUCAAAUUAAUUGGAAAUUUGGUAGAUGGUGGAAAUUGCCAAGAGAUGUGAUUUUUUAAAUCCUUUUAAUCAUUAGUGAAACCAAACUUGUGAAUUUUUAUAUUAAAUUUGUAAACCAUAUAAAAUUAAUUAUAUAUUGGUAUUAAAGUAAUUUCAUACAAAAAAUUAAUUUCAACGAAGUUUUUUGGGAACUCAUCAUUAUUAUCACAUUUUAUGGAAUCAAAUUGUCCUUUUCAUGUUUCAGUGGAAUUUAUCUGUCAUUCUCCCUUUUUUUUAUUAUAAGCCUUUUAUUAGUUUUAAUUCUCAUAUAUUAUAUCAUAAUUUUCAAAAUUAAUUUUAUUUUAUUUUAAAAUAUUUACUAAAUAAAAAUUUCAAAAAACAAAGUCAUAAGGGCAAGUGAAAUAGGUACUGUAAAUCUAUAAUAUCCAUUCACGGAUUGUUGAUUUUACCAUGAGGCUUUUAUUUUUUUUAAUUCUCAUUUACCAUAUCAUAAUUUAAACAUUUAUUAUAUUUUAUUUUUAAAAAAUUUAUUAUUAUAAAAUGUAAAAAAAGUCAUAUGAAUAAGUCACACUAUAGAUCUACAUGACUCAUCUAAGGCAAAAUAGAUAGAUUUUUUUCUUUGGCAAACAUAUAGAUAAAUUUAAUAAAAAUGUAAAAAAAAACAGAGAGAGAGAGAGAGUGUCGGAUUGCACUUCCGCAAAUGUUUAUUUAAUAUUAUGGACUAGAUAAACCACUGGACUAGAUUUAUUAUAACAAAAUAUGAAUAUAAAAAUUAAAAAAUAUUUUGGAGUACUUAUAUUUUAUUAUUUUAUGUAAAUUAAAAUUUGAAUGAUAAUUUAUUCUAUUUUAAAAUUUGUUAUGCCUAUGCAUAUUAAAAAUAGGGUAAAAUGGCAAAUUUGGCCAUGAAAUAUUUUUCUAAGAGCAUUUGGUAACUUAAACUAUCUGGUAGUGAAACAUAAAUUCUCAACUUUUAAAAAUAAAGCAUUUAGUAGUGCACUGUUUGUAAUAGUACUAGACUUAGCCUCAACUUUCUUAAGAUGGUGGAGGUUGGAGGUUCGAAUCUGGAAAGGUUCUAAAAGAUUUUUUUUGGUAAGGUGAAGAAUAAUUCAAGCGACCUUGGGAAAAGCUGGCUUUCAAUGCAGUGAUGUGGGUUGGCCUAAUUCAAAAGACUCUUGGUGGGAUGAUAUGUGGGGUUCACAAUAAUAUGUGGCACUUCAUAUUAGCAUGCAUAAAAUGUGUAAAUUUAGUCAUAAAUUAUUUUUCGAAGAGCACUUGGUAGCUUUACUAUAAAAACAAAUCAUCCUAUACUUUUUCAUCAAUUUUGACCAAAUAUUGUUUAUUUUCUUACUCAUGAGACUCACAACGCAUUAAUUUCUUCAAUUUUUUUGCCAUUAUUCUUAGUCUUGACUUGGGAAGAAGUUCAAAGAAUUCAUAUUUGAAGAAGACAUUCACGAGGAUGAUGUGAAUGAAAUAGAAAUUUGAUUUUACUACGCGAAAGAAAAACUUGAUUCUAGCUUUAUUUAGUCAUGAAUUAUUUCUUCUAUUUUGUUGGCCCAUUCGUGAAUUUUUUAGAUCUCUUCUUAUCGAUCUGAGUUUGAGAACGAAGGCAAGAAGAUUGAAAAAAUUGACUCGUUGUUGGUCUCAUAAAUAUAAAAAUAAACAGUGUUUGAUCAAAAUUGAUAAAAAUUUGUUGAAUGGUCUGCUUUUUAUAAUAGAAACUAUCUAGUGCUUCUGAAAAUAGUUCAUGAAAAUUUCUUGCUUUACACAUGCUAAUGCGGAGUAUCACAUGUCAUUGUGGGCCUCAUAGAAUGUCCGUUGAUUAAAGUUAAUGAUGGGUUACUGGAUGCUCUAUUUUUAGAAGUUGAUGACUUAUUUCGUACCACCUAAUAGUUUAGAAUGCCAUAUGCUUUUGAAAAAAUAACAAGUGAUUAAAUUUGUACCCUUAUCAUUAAAAAUAUAAAAUUAUUUUAAAUUCUGUUGUCCUAGAUAAAUUAAAAUUUAAUGAAUAAUUUCUAUUUUUCAAGUAUGAAUGAGAAUGCCACUCUUAGCAGCAAUGCUUUGCAUGUUUAUCGUUAGAAAUUAAA